UUCCCCAGAAAAUGGUUUCCUCUUGCUCAAGAACAUUAAGGAAAUUAUGCAGAAAUAUGAAGGAAAACCCGAAAAUCAUAUUCCAUGAUUUUCCAGGUGGAGCCGAUGUGUUUGAGCUUGUUCUUAGAUUCUGCUACAGCAAUCCCAGGAUUCUAAAAACCACUCCUUUUAACGUAUUUCUCCUUAAAUCUGCUGCUGAUUACCUGAAAAUGGAAGAUUUAGCUGAACAGACAGUUAGAUACAUUGAAGGAUCCAUUGUUUCUUGGAAAAGUCCAGAGCUUUUAACAAACAUGAAACAAUCCUUUAUGAACACAUUCUUAAUCAAGAAAGUUGUACAAACAAUGCUGGUUCAAAAAUUCGAUCACUCGAUUAUAAGUUUGUUUCUUUUCCACUACCAACGAUCAAAAGAAUUCAAACUCGACAAACGCAGAGCGGUUGAGGUCGUGAUUAAACUAUUGUUCUGUCUCGACAGAAACCUCAUUCCCUGUAAAGCUCUUUUUGGAUUGCUGGGAACGGCUUUGCGGUUGAAAAUUAGGACAUCUUGUAUGAAGAAAUUGGAGUUAAUGGUUAGUAGUAAGCUUGAUGAAGCUAAAGUAGACGACUUGCUAGUGAUGUCCUCGUCGCCAUUGAUGAUGUUUGAUGUGAAUCUUGUUCUUAGGUUGGUGAAAUCGUUUGUAAGAAUUAUGAGUUCAGGAUUGAUGUACUAUGAUAAUGAUGAUGGUAUAAGAAUGAAGAAGGUUGGGAGAUUGGUGGAUUUGUAUUUGAUGGAAGUUUCUCCAGAUCCAUAUUUGAGAGUUUCAAAGUUUUUGGCUUUAGCCAUGGCUUUACCAGAUUCUGCAAGGGAAUCUCAUGAUAGUAUCUGUCAAGCGAUUGAUCUUUAUCUUGAUGUUCAUGGUAAUGGGGGCAAGCUAAGUGAAAUGGAGAAGAUGGAGUUAUGCUCUGUUUUGAAUUAUGAGAUGGUUUCGAUAGAAACAUUGGCUUACUUUCUUCAAAACAAACAUAUACCACGAAGAAUGUUGAUGAAUGUACUUGCCUCUCAAGAGGAUAGGCUGAAAGGCCUGGUUUAUUUUCGGGUCUUGUUUGAUUCGGCCCGCGCUAAAAGUGGGAGAGAUGAUCAUAGUGCAAACGCCCAUUGCGCGAUGGGAGACGGAUUGAGAAUAUAUGUUUGUGAAUUUAGAAAGUCGACGAAGGAAAUGGAGAAGUUGAAACAAUGUAACAAGAGGAAACACAAAUCAUUACAUGUAAUAUGUUCUUAA